AUGUCCUUUGGGAGGUCGCAGCACGCUCAGCGUGCUUCUGUGAUGGGACCGGCGGCCACGAUGCCUUCGCAAGUCAACGACGACAUCUACAAGGAGAGCAAGGUGCCUCCACGAAGAGCGGGUAAAGAGUGGCUGCCCUACCGUGGUGAGCCUGGUCUCAUCAUCGCCAUCGAUCUCGGCACGACAUACAGCGGCGCUUCCUACUGCAUUCUGACGCCCGGCAAGAAGCCCAACAUCUGUGAUGUCAAGAGCUUCCCAGGUCAGACGACCUCGGGCAGCAAGGUGCCGAGCGUGGUUCUCUACAACGCAGACGGCCAACCGGCGCUGUAUGGAGCCGAGGCCGUCGACGGGGCGGCGGCGCAGAAGAUUCUCGUCGAAGGCGGAGCGAGCGCCCGCUGGUGGAAGCUCUACCUCAAGCCCGCCAAUCUCGAGCUUAUCAUCGAUCCAGACGCUCCUGCUCCAGAUCUCGACCCACUGCCCUUUGGUGUAACCGCCGAGACGAUUGCUGCCCAGUUUUUGGCCUACAUGGUCUCCUGCGUCGGCAAGUACAUUGUCACGCGUCAUUCCAAUGGUUCCGAGAUCUUGGCAUCGCUGGCCGAGUCAAUCAGGUAUGUCAUAACGGUGCCCAACGGCUGGGAGGUGGCACAGCAGCAGGUACUUCGCAACGCUUGCAUCCAGGCUGGUCUCGUCGCUCCCGAGCGUGCGGAUACGGUCUCGUUUGUCACCGAAGCCGAGGCCAGCAUCAAUUACUGUGCUCAGAGUCCUGCCGCACACGAGUGGCUUUGUAGAGAGGGGCAGCAGCUCAUUGUAUGCGAUGCGGGCGGAGGAACUAUCGACAUCAGCACCUACCAGGUCACCUCGAUGACCCCUAACCUCGUCAUUUCUGAAACCUCUGCAAGCGACUGUCUGUUGGCAGGCUCGACGACGGUAGACCGACGGGCGCGCGAUCUCAUCUCGGAACGCCUGCGCAACACCGAGUGGAACAACGAGGCAGACCUCGACGACUUCCAGCAGCGCUUCUGUGCUUCGAUCAAGGAGGCCUUUUCCGACAAGACGCAAGAACAGUACCUGGCCAUCACCAGCUCGAGUGUCACGCGACAGGAGCUGGGCAUCCAGUCCGGCAAGCUCGUUUUUACUGGCGAGGAGAUUGCCCAGCUGUUUGAGCCAAGCAUUCGUGCCAUGGAGCAGAGCAUCGCUGCACGCGUUCAAGGACGCGGACAACAGACCGUGCCCGUUGCCAUGGUCGGUGGCUUCUCUGAGAGUGCCUUUUUGCGCAAAGAAGUGCAAGCACGCCUCGGCUCACGUGUCAGACUGUGCAAGCCCGACGAAGCCACUGCAAAGGCCGUUGCCAACGGCGGCGUGGCCUGGCUCAUUGAUGGUGUCGUCAAUACUCGCGUGGCUAGGCAGACCUACGGCAUUCGCUGUUCGACCUUCUAUCGCGAAGGCGACCCUGUCCACGAGGCAAGAAAGGCGAUGCUCAUCACCGGCAACGACGGAAAGCUGCGACUGCCCUCGUCUUUUGGUGCCGUGAUCAAGAAGGACCAGUCCGGGUCAGAGCAAGAAGAGCACCUGGAGAAGUUCACCUUUUCCUGGCACGCAAACAUGCCCCUUCACAAAGACAUCAGCCUCUACGUAUACCGCGGUGUCGAGGAAAGCGAGCCCGAAUUCAUCGAUCUGGGCGAGUUCGAGGAACUGUGCAAGUUCAGGGUCGACAUGGAGCCUUUUCGCAGUCUGCUGGUCCUUCACUCGUCGCCUGCUGGCCAGCCGUACUAUCGCGUACCCGUCCACCUGGCCAUGAAGCUCCAUGGCACCGAGCUGGCAGCCCACGUUCUGUUUGAGCACGAGGGCAUGACGUACAGGGGGCCCACGUCUGUCUUUACCGCUGCUGAUGCCGAGUGA